UGGUUCAUGACUGUAUUGACCCAGUAAUAAAGCUAGGCAAAGGGGGAAGGCCAACCCCAAAUCGCCAUCCGCAAUCUCACCGGAGACUAUCACAUCUCCCUUCUCUCCUCUCCUCUCAUCUACCAGAUCGCUCUGCUAUUUCUCAGGUCUCUUCUCCGUUUCUUAUCUCUCUCUUUCUGUUUCUCGGUCUUUCGAGUUUCGAUUGCCUAUUUACCUACCGACUUCCUUUAUUCUCAAGGUUGUAUUUCGUUCCUCUCUGCGGAGGAAGGUGGUGCGGAGAUUAACGGACCAUCUGAUAAAUAAUGGAGAGCGAGUUGGUGGAAUUGUUUGAAGCGGCAAAGAAGGCGGCAGAUGCGGCGGCCCUUGACGGAGUAUCUCGCAAUGGACCUGAGAUAUCGCGAUGCAUCGAUGCUUUGAAUCGACUCAAGAUAUUUCCUGUAUCUUACAAUGUUCUCGUCGCCACUCAGGUUGGAAAAAAGCUUCGGUCUCUCACAAAACAUCCUGCAGACAAGAUACAAACUGUUGCUACUGACUUGCUUGAGAUGUGGAAGAAAGUAAUCAUUGAAGAGACAACCAGAAAUAAGAAAAGUGGAACUAGUAAUAAUAUACCGUCUGCAAAAACUCAGGCAGCAAAGGUGGAGAAUGUCAAAGUUGAGAGAGUUCAAAAAGAAGUGCCAGUGAAGGUUGAAAAGGUUUCAAAUGCUCAGCCAGUCAAAGUUGAGAAAGCUUACAAGGGUGAUUCAACAAGAGCUACUAAGUUUGAGAAAAAAGAAGCAGAAGUGGAUGCUGUCAUGGGUGAGAAUACCCGCAAAGAGGAAAGACAUGCAUCUAUAAAGAGACCAUCUCAGGCACCUAAUGCUCCCCCGAAGCUGACGUCAUUGAUCAAAUGUAAUGAUGUUUUACGUGACAAAGUUCGGGAACUCCUUGUGGAGGCCCUGUCCAAAGUUGCUAAUGAGGCUGAUGAUGACAUUAGAGAGGAAGUAAAUGCAAGUGAUCCUAUCCGGGUUGCUGUUGCUGUAGAAUCUGUAAUGUUUGAAAAGAUGGGUCGGUCAAAUGGUGCUCAGAAGUACAAAUACAGGUCUAUAAUGUUCAAUAUCAAGGACCCAAACAACCCAGAUUUGAGGAGAAAAGUUCUUCUAGGAGAGAUCAAGCCAGAGAGGCUUAUCAGUAUGACCGCUGAAGAAAUGGCAAGUGAUCAGAGGCAGCGGGAGAAUAACCAAAUCAAAGAGAAAGCUUUGUUUGACUGUGAGCGUGGUGGUGCACCAAAGGCAACAACAGAUCAAUUUAAGUGUGGUCGGUGUGGUCAGCGGAAAUGCACUUACUAUCAGAUGCAGACGAGGAGUGCAGAUGAACCCAUGACGACCUAUGUAACAUGUGUAAACUGCAACAAUCACUGGAAAUUCUGCUAAUGGAUUUUCUUCAGGUUUGCCAUCUGCAAGUGCAGGAAAUAGAGGUCAUAAUCGUCGGAGAAGCUUUAUCCAUUUUACUGGGAUUCGCUAUUUGAGUUUUUCUUCUCAUUCAUGUAGGAGAUUAAUUCAUGUUAUUCAACUAUAGGAACAAUUUACUUCAGGGAUGAUUAGCCAUUUGUCUUACUUUGGUCAGUGUCUCAGAAGGAGUCCAAUCCUUUGAGAGAAUCUGAUUGUUUCUGUUGAUUUUAGCUUUUUUGUUGUGUUAGUUUUGUCUGUUAGAUGAAUAGAAUGCAGUUUAAAUUUAAUGUCGCAAA